GUCAAUGUGCCCUUGGCGCUCAUUCGCGAAGCCGGCAAGCUUCCCCCGCCCACCAUUUCCGUCUCCAGGUCUGCAUCGCAUAUAUCAUCGUUGUCGUUAAAUGCACCGACAACGAAGCGAAUUGAAAUAGGCCGAGAUGUGAUACCUCAAGGGGCUUCGGUGGUAGUGGUGGACGAUACUCUUGCUACCGGAAAAACCCUUGUUGCAGUGCUACAAUUAUUAGGAAAAGCUGGAAUUCCUGCUACGAACAUCAGUAUCUUGGUAAUUGCCGAGUUCCCUAUUCACCGUGGCCGCAACUUUCUGCGCCAGAAUGGGUUUGGGGGAGUCAAUAUCCAAAGCCUUUUGGUCUACGGUACUGCUUAG